AUGUAUCACAAACUCUUACCUUAUUUAGAAUACAGAGAACAUGAUGAAACGAUUGGAAUAAUGCUUGCAAAACAAAAAGAUGGAUCGGCAAGCUUUCAUUUUUCAAAACAAAUUCAUUCCAUUCUUAAAAGAAAUACCAUUUACUUAGAGGCUCAACCAGGAGAUCGCGUUCAAAAAGAUAUCCUUUUAAGCCCAUCUAGUUUUCAGCCGUGUCCUGCCUUACAUCUGCCAAAUGUCAUUUCCUUUUAUCAAGCGUUGACAUGUCAUGUGGGUGGCAAACAGGAUCCACAUGUUGUUUUAUUAAGAAAAGGAGAUGAAGUGAGUCAUUCCAUGAGUCUAUUGUUCAAUAAGCUUUUUCAAAUGAAACCAAUAGAAUGUGGAUUCCGAAUUGAAAUUGUUUUUCAAAUGACCAACAAAAUGGAUCAUAACUUGGAGAGUUGCAUUUUGAGUGAUGAACAAGAACAAAACAAUCUUACUGUGAUUCAUUUGGAAAUGGAGAAUUCCAUUCAACAAGCAUUGCAAAAUAUUCAAUCUCUGCAGUUCGAAUGCCACUUGUCAAAACAGUUGUAA